UGGCCGUCGGUGUUUAGCGCAUUGACUAUUCUAUCAAACAGGGAGACUGUCUACCACUCCGACCGGGGUGCAUACCGACAGUGGUAUGACAUUGUCUCGUCAUUUGGAAGCUACUGGCCUCAACAGUUCAGUGUACCCCAGCUCGGGAUCGAUCUUCAUUACCGGCCUGGAUCAGUGGUGCCAUUCUGUGGCAAGGUGUUCCAGCAUGGUGUACCCAAGUGCAAAGGUGGAAGGAUCUGUCUUGCUUACUAUAUGAAGAAGUCUAUACAUGAG